AUGGUUAAGGCUCACAGCCGUGCCGAGAAGGUGAGGGUGCACCCGUCCCUCGUGCAGAUGCGCGGCAUGAGCAACGCCAUUGCACUGGGGGCGCAUGCCCGUGAGCAGGGAGCCGCCCUGGAAUCCCUCGACCUCAGCGGCUGCAGGAGCCUCUCCGAGCAUGCCCUGCUGGAUUACUUCACCACCAUUGACACGAUCAGGAAUUUGGAUCUGUCAAACUGCAUACAGCUGUCAGAUGACACCUUGGCAGCACUGGCGUCCUACAUGAGACAAGCCGAAGCCGAGGCAGAGGAGGACGCGCUUGCAUGGGAGGCUCUGCAAGUGCGGGAUGCUUCGCAACCCAGGCUGGUUGGCAAGGCCCGGCUACAUGUGGAGGCACGUCACUGUGGCACCUUGUCUCUAAUAAUAAUAAUAAUAAUAAUGAUAAUAAUAAUAAUAAUGAUAAUAAUAAUAAUAAUAAUAAUAAUAAUAAUAAUAAUAAUAAUAAUAAUAAUAAUAAUAAUAAUAAUAAUAAUAAUAAUAACAAUACUUGACCUAUAUUAUGUGAUUGGCGUGCUGCAAUCGCUGACAGCCAAUCAGUGCAGCGGUCUGACGAGCGUCACUUUGCAGCUACCUCCUUCCGUGCAGCUGAGGGACCUACACCUGUCAGGGUGCACCAACCUGGGCAAGAUUGUGGUCACAUGCGCGCAGCUGCGCAGCCUGAACAUCAGCGGCAAUAGCAGCCUCACUUUCUUGGCUCUGAGGUGCAAUGCGCUGGAGGCGCUGUCAGCCUCACAGUGCCUCAGGCUGGAGGGCCUGCAGGAGGGAUGCCACCUCCCCAGCCUGCUCCAUGCCAACUUUGCCAACUGCAGGAGUCUCGCAGGACUGGACGAGUCUCUUGCCGCAUGCACAAGCCUGUUGACGCUGAACGUGAACGGCUGCAUCAGCUUGUUUCGGCUGGUAUUGGAUGCUCAGACAGAGAUGCUACGGUUGGAGGCUGCCGGUUGCAGACAGAUGCGCAGGAUUGUCUGUGGAAGUGCAGCGCUGGAGGUGUUGCAUUUACAAGGGAAGAGCUUGAGGCAUUUGGAUGUUGGAGGAUGCUCAAACCUGCACGAGCUGCAGAUGUCCAGACUGGAGCGCCCUGUGGCCGACCUCAUGGCAGCAGCACGUAGCAGCAAGGAUCCUCUGUACCUCAAGAUUGAUGACUGUCCGCGGUUGGCAGCAGAUGUUGUGUCCAGGCUUGAGGCCGCUUUCAGAAGCCGCCGUCACAAAUAUGCAUGA